GGUGUGUGACAUUUCCGCAUGACCAAGAAAGUUCGGUGACUGUUGUAAGGUCACUAGACGAUCGCUAUGCAAUCGAAACAUCUAGGGUGAUUACGUAGGAGUUAACCUUAACUCCUGGACGUUCGCAGAGAGACAUCGAAAUUGUUUGGAAGGAGAAGGUUAGUAAAAAAGAACGGCAAGUAUAUAGGUCGUGAAAAUAAAGAUAAUAGUGCAAUAACUACUUAUGCCACUCCUUCAUACAAUGUUAUACGUUUCGAACCCAAAAUACAAUCCCGAACGGUUAUUUUUCACUAACAACAAGAUACACUUUGUAAUCUCCGCUUAUUACAAAAUAUAUCCUGAGUGAUGGCUCGUAGGUAUGACACAAGGACGACGAUUUUCUCUCCUGAAGGACGUUUGUACCAAGUGGAGUAUGCAAUGGAAGCGGUGGGACAUGCAGGCACAUGUUUAGGGGUCGUAGCAAAAGAUGGAAUAGUCCUGGCCGCCGAAAAACGCUUCAUAAAUAACCUUUUGGACGAAACGGUUUUUUCCGAGAAGAUCUAUAAGAUCAAUGACGACAUAGCCUGCGCCGUUGCUGGCAUAACGGCUGAUGCUACGGUUCUCAUAAAUGAGAUGCGACUUAUUGCUCAACGAUAUCUCUUGUCUUAUCAAGAGCCUAUGCCAGUAGAACAACUUGUGUGCCACAUAUGCGAUCUUCAACAUGGUUAUACUAUGUAUGGUGGUAGAAGACCCUUUGGUGUUUCCAUGUUGUUCAUUGGAUGGGAUAAGCGUUAUGGUUACCAACUAUACCAGACGGAUCCAUCGGGGAAUUUUCUGGGAUGGAAUGCUACAUGUAUUGGGUCAAAUUCAACUGCAGCCGGCUCCAUAUUGGAACAGGAUUACAAUACAGAUGCAACAGUCGAAGAAGCCACAAAGUUGUGUGUAAAAGUCCUGUAUAAAACAAUGACAAUGUCUAAACUGACUUCGGAAAAGGUUGAAAUCGGAGUUCUACAAAGACGUAAUGACAAAACCUACGUUCGUCUUAUCAAUCAAAGUGAGGUCGAUACUCUGAUAAAAACAGUUGAAGGAGAAGAAACUCAGAAGAAGUAAUACUUGUGUACAGUCAUUUCUACGCUUUAUAAAACUUUUUGAGAGCAA